UGUGUCAAAAUUCUAAAAGAUUCAUUUCAAUAUUCUAUUUAGAUCUAAAUAGAUCUAGAAUCAAGUCAGAAACGUAUGUCGAUUUAACUUUACAAAAAAAGUCCUGUUGCUUGCUCUGUGUUUAUGCAACAAGAUGCGGCUGUUUCUUCUACUCACACUGGUUGCUACAACAAUGUGUGCUAAAAAUACGUAUGUCGUCAUUGCCCCAUCAACGAUCCACCCCAACAUGAACUUCACCGUCAGCGUCCACAUUCUCAAGGCCACCGGCUACGUAAAGGUAGUCGCCCAAGUUCUAAGGGAAGCAACUCUUGUGGGUAGCGGUGUGAACCUUUUUAAAGCCGGAAAUCCGGCAACAAUCACGAUAAAGCUCCCCUCUGACCUGCCCGACAGCGGCUACACACUCAAAGUCGUUGGCAGCGGCGGUUUGGUGUUUGACAAGUCUGAGAGUCUCAGCUACAACAGCAAAGACGCUUCGUUGUUUAUACAGCUGAAUAAGGCCAUCUUUAAGCCUAGUGAUACAGUGAAAUUUAGAGUGUUUGGUGUGUACUCCGAUUUACAGUCCUACAAAGGAACGAUGGACAUUUCUAUCUAUGACGCGAAUGAAAAUAAGAUCAAACAGUGGGCCAAGGUCAGUCCAGAGAAAGGGGUUAUCGCCCAGGAACUGACCCUCUCAUCCCAGCCAGCGCUUGGUGUCUGGAAAAUCUCGGUGGAAGCUGGCAAAAUGAUAGAAGAAAAAGGAUUUACUGUAGCUGAGUAUGUUCUACCCAAGUUCAAGGUCGAGGUUAUCAUGCCACCUUACGUUUUGACCAGGGACUCCGACAUCACGUUUACUGUUAAGGCAAAGUACGCCUAUGGUAAACCGGUCAAUGGAAGCGUGAACGUCCAGGUAAACCUACACUACUACUGGGGGACGAAGCCCGUGUACAAGGCAACUGUCCCCAUUGAUGGAGAAACCAGGGUGGUGGUACCCGUGUCGAAGCUAGAGGGCAUUCCAGACCUGCUGAAUAAAUUCCCCCUUACCGCCGUCGCAAUCGUGACCGAGUCUUUGACAGGAUUCAAGGUGUCCAGUAGUGGAACGGUCACCAUUUACAAAGAAGGUUCUAAGUUACAGAUCCUAGUGGACAACCCCAACUUUAAACCUGGUCUACUGUACCCCAUCUAUAUAAAAAUCUCACAGCCGGACGGGCGUCCGAUCGGCCCCACCAAUGAAAACGUGAUGGUUCUAAUCAGUGGCCUUUCUUCAAACAUACUUGAACAGACCCUGAGAGUCCCUAGCAACGGUCUGGUCACUUUACGCCCACAGAUACCAUCAAACGCCCAGUUCAUCCAUAUAACAGCGUAUUUCCGGGGAGCUUUCAAAAGAGAGUGUGUACCAAUGAGUCAUUCUCCUAGUAGCUCAUACCUCAAAAUCUAUCAGCAUUCUACCUCUAUAAAGGCAGGGGACACGGUAUUAUUUUCAGCCGAAGGUACUGAAGAAUUGCCUACCCUUACGUACCAGAUUCUCUCUCGGGGAAAUAUAGUAAAAUCUGGCACAAUCAAAGGCAACAACCAGAAGAGCAUCUCUUUCUCCAUCGUCUCUGAGCCCAGCAUGGCGCCCUCUGCCAGAAUCGUCGUCUACUACGUCAGACCAGACGGUGAAGUUGUCCCAGACAGUAUCAGCUUCGACAUCAGCGGUGCUUUCAAUAACAAGGUGGCCGUUACUGUGGACAAGACAAAUGUUGAACCAGGAGAUGAAGUGACUAUUGUCACCACUGCUGACCCAGACUCCAAUGUCUUCUUACUGGCCAGUGACCAAAAUGAUGUGCUAGUAAAAAAUGGAAAUGACGUUACCUUUGCUAAUGUUCACACAGAGAUCAUGAGCUACAAUACGGACGUCACAUUGAGAUUUUGUAGAACCAGCUCAGGAGGGGAACUACUAAAGGAUGAAGGAGUUACCGUCCUCACUGAUGCCAACGUGUACCAAGAUAGAUCCAAAUAUGACAUUGGGGAGGAUUCUCUUGAGAAUGUAGCGUCCUAUCGCGUACCCCGAGCUCAAUGGUACGCUGCGCGGAACGCAGAUCCACUAUCUCCAAAACCUGCGCGAGUUAGUGAGAUCUCUCGCGAGUCAUGGCUAUGGACUGAUGCUUACGUCGGAGCGAACGGCUCAGCCUCUAUCACUGCCACUGUACCAGACACCAUUACGUCAUGGGUGGUCAGCGCCUUCGCCAUCAACUCAAACUCUGGUCUGGGCGUGGCCCCAACACAAGCUCACCUGAAAGUCUUCCGACCGUUUUUUGUCAGCCUCAACCUCCCCUACUCUGUGACUCGUGGUGAGCAGCUGGCACUUCAAGCAAACGUCUUCAACUACCUGACAGGCGAUAUGCAGGUACGAGUGACGCUGGCCGCGUCUAAACGUUUCCACAACAUUUUUAUCGACGCCACAGGAAACCAGGAACUGAAACAGGUUGAUGUUGUACAGGAUAUUAUGGUCAAGGCUGGUGAGGCCAAGUCUGUAUAUUUCCCCAUCGUCCCUGCCGACCUUGGUAGAAUUGACGUGGAGGUCAAGGCUCAGUCCACCAAGGCCGCCGACGCUGUGCGCAGACAACUCCUGGUUGAGGCUGAAGGUGUCCCCAAGCAAUACAACAUCCCUGUCCUCAUCGACCUGAGAGACGGCAAAAAAACUUUCUCACAGACCGUUGACAUCACGCUGCCUGACAACGUAGUGAAGGGAUCGGAACUUGUUAGGAUUUCGGCUGUCGGUGACCUGAUGGGUCCAACCAUAGAUGGAUUGGCCUCCCUGCUCCAGUUACCAACCGGAUGUGGGGAGCAGACCAUGCUUGACCUGGCAGCGGAUGUCUACGUCACAGAUUACCUAGACUGUGUCAAUCAACUGAAUGGAGACGUCAAGACCAAAGCCAUCAACUUCAUGGAGAGUGGUUACCAGGGUGUGCUGACCUACAUACACAGUGACGGAUCUUUCAGUGCUUUUGGUAACAGAGACAAGUCUGGCAGUAUGUGGCUGACAGCUUUUGUAGCCCGCGUCUUCCACCAAGCCAAACGUCACAUCUUUGUGGAUGACAACAUCAUCAACGACGCCAUCCUGUGGAUGAUACAGCAACAAAAAACGGACGGCAGCUUUCCAGAACCUGGCGUGGUACUUAGCGGUACCAUGAAGGACCAAGCAGGGUCGGGAGUCAAGCUAACCCUGUUCGUACUGAUCUCACUACUAGAGAACAGUGAUGACAUGAAGUACCUGAAUGUUGAUGAGGCAAUACAAAAAGCCCUGGCCUACGCUGAACAGGAAGUUGCCAAGUUGGAUGAUCUCUACGUUCUCGCCAUGGCGUCUUACGCUUUCCAACUGGCCGGCAGCAACAUGACCCAAGCUGUUCUAGACAAACUGGAGGCUGAGUCAACUCAGAAGGACGGCAUGAAGUACUGGCAACAAUCAGAUCAACCGAGGAUCAUCACGUGGCAGAGCCCCAACCCCACCAAGGCCGUUGACAUUGAGAUGACCGCCUACGUCUUGCUGACCUACACAAAGCGGGGCGACUUGGUGGCGGGCAAGAGCAUCAUGCAGUGGAUCACCAAACAGAGAAACGCCAACGGAGGCUUCAUAUCAACACAGGAUACCGUCGUCGCCCUGAACGCCCUCAGCGAGUACGCCAAACAGAUGUCCAGCAAAAAAUUAAAAGUCCACAUCACCACCCAGCUGGACUCUGAGACUACCUACACCUUUGACGUCGACAAGACCAACUCACUUCUGCUGCAGUCUAGAGAGAAUACAAGAGUACCAGCUCAAGUUGUGAUCACCGCUACUGGCUCAGGCAUGGCACUUGUUCAGGCUGCUCUAAGCUUCAACGUGCUGUCAGAUAUAAAGCCAGAACACUUUGAUCUAAAAUUGGAAAUAGUAAAGGAGAAUUUCACAUACUUGGAUGUGGAAACUUGCACAAGAUGGUUAGGAAAGGUCCCAGACAGUGCCAUGGCCGUACAAGAGUUUGGUAUCCCAUCAGGCUUUGUGGCUGACCUUGACGACUUGACCCAGCUAGACAACCUAAAGAGAGUCGAGACACAAAACAAGAAGGUUAUCAUCUACUUCGACAAGAUCGGCAGGACGCCCGUGUGUUUAAACCUUAGAGUCAGACGAGUUGAUUUUGUUGCCAAGUCCCAGCCAGCUGCCGUCAGGGUCUAUGACUACUAUGAGCCACGCAACCAGGUGACAGUGUUCUACCAAUCACAACUUCUGAAAGACUCCACCAUCUGUGACGUCUGCCGGGAAUGUGAGAACUGUCAACCACCAAUUGAACAGGAAGAGGUCGUAAGUGGCGUAUUGGAUAGAUGCAAAGCUAUCUUCGAUCGGUGUGUGGAAAUAAUCUUUGAUAUUAUUCAUCUUUUAUAGCAAGGAAAAUCUUAAAUCAAAGAAAACUUGGCUUAAUUUGUAUAGCAAAGCUAUCUUCGAUCGGUGUGUGGAAAAAAUCUUUGAUAUUAUUUAUCUUUUAUAGCAAGGAAAAUCUUAAAUCAAAGAA